AAAAGAAUCUUUUAGUGUGCUAAGUUCAAGGUUCACACUCAACAAGCAUUUCUUUCCUCACUGACUCUUGCUACACAAAACUACAUAAAGCACAGAUUUUUGUUUACUAGCACAUUGUUGCUUAAAAAUAGUAAGUAAUACACAUCAAAGCCACGCAAAGCUAGAAUUGAUAAUGUGCAAAGUCUCAUUCAUUUUUCUAAAACUUGCUAAACCUUACUUUUAUUAUUCUUUUCCAAAUAUGUCAAACCCGCUUUUGCAUUAUUUACAUCAUCUCAAUUCUCAACCAAGUUACUUCAUUUUUAUUCAUUAAUCUAAUAAUGAAGAACUACAAACAAGUCCAUAAUCUCAAAGAACCAGUAGACGUGAUGGACUCAAACAAAGUUCAAAUCAAAAUGCCGGUUGCUUACACUCCUCCUCCUCCGUUCAAGCGGUGGUUUCCGUUGCUGAUUCCGACGAUUGUGGUGGUAUAUGUGAUCAUGUUUAUGGUGACAAUGUAUGUCAACAAUUGUCCAGAGCUUUCCAUGCCUCCUGCUUCAUGUUUCGCUCCGUUUCUUGGUCGAUUCUCGUUUCAGCCACUCCAACAGAACUAUCUCCUUGGUCCUUCUUAUUAUCCGUUAAUAAAGAUGGGUGCUCUACAUGUCGACAAACUGGUUCACAUUCACCAGGCUUGGCGCCUAUUCACGUCUAUGUGGUUGCAUCAUGGGGUUAUCGAUUUGGUUCUUAACAUAUUGCUUCUUUUAAUCAUUGGAAUUCCUCUUGAGAAGAAAUUUGGUUUUGUUCGAAUUGGAUUGGUGUAUGUGAUAUCGGGUUUGGGAGGAAAUUUGCUGUGUGUUUUAUUCCUCCAUUCAAUCAUCUACGUUGGUGCAUCUGGUGCAAUAUUCGGCUUACUAGGAGUGAUGCUAUCAGAGCUUUUAACAAAUUGGAAAAUGCAUACUCAUAAGUUUGAUGAGAUGUUGAUUCUUGUUGUGAUCAUUGUUUUGGACUUAGCUCUUGGAACUUUUCCAUUUGGAAGUAAUUUUAGUAACAUUGGAGGGUUUACAUCAGGAUUUCUUCUUGGAUUUGUCAUUUUGACUCGCCGUCAGCAUCAUUGGCUUAAUCUAAACAAGUCUAAUACUUCCCAGAAGCAAGAAUCUUAUCAAUAUGCGCUUCGGAUUAUCUCUUUUGUUCUACUUAGUGUUGGAUUGAUCGGCGGCGUCGUCUUGUUCUUUAAAGGGGUGGACUUGAAUGAUUACUGCUCUUGGUGCCAUUAUAUAACCUGUGCCCCUCCUAGCUGUAAACCAGGCUACAUUUCUUGUGAGGAUUACCAGAUCGGAAACCAACUUAACGUGACAUGCUGGAACAAUGGAAGAAAUGGCAUUUUUCCUCUGUCAAACCGUAACCCUGACGAGCAGGCUGAAGAACUAUGUUAUCGCCUUUGCGGUAAAUAACCAGACUCAGAAAUACAACAUCUCUUAGGGAGAUUUCAUUCAAUAAACUUAUGUAUAUGAUUUGUUCUUACUGCUGCUGACAAUAAGAACGAGUCACUGUGGUUGUUGCCAUAGUUGUUAUCUCGUUAUAUAUAUUUUUCCUUGCUAUGAAAUUACUGCAGGAUGUAUAUUUAUAAGUUUGUCUGAAGGAAUGUUACAGAAUCUUCUCAUAUUAAAUAUUUCACCAUUUUGAUA